AGGCAACAAUGGCUUCCUCUGCAACAGCGCCAAACUCACUAUCCUUCUUCUCGUCUUCUCUCUUUCUCUCCUCCUCUCACCAAAUCCCUAGAAACUACAUUUCCGUCGCGAAACCCAGCUCCGGCAGAGUUUCAAAGCCUCUCUCCGUCGCAGCCCAGCUAGCGACUCUCCCCAUCUUCUCAUUCGAGGGAGAGAGGGUCGGAGAGACGUACCUAGACCUCAAAACCGCGCCGGAGGACACCGCCCGCGCCGUUGUCCACCGCGCAAUCGUGAACGACUUGCAGAACAAGCGGCGAGGAACGGCGUCGACGCUGACCCGCGGCGAAGUGCGCGGCGGUGGGAUAAAGCCUUACGCGCAGAAGAAAACCGGUAACGCUCGGCGAGGGUCCCAGAGGACGCCGCUGCGUCCCGGCGGAGGGGUGGUGUUCGGUCCGAAGCCGAGGGACUGGUCGAUAAAGAUCAACAGGAAGGAGAAGAGGCUGGCGAUAUCGACGGCGAUUUCGAGCGCGGCGUCGUCGGAAGGCGGAGCGAUAGUGGUGGAGGAGUUCGGGGAUAGGUUCGAGAAGCCGAAGACGAAGGACUUCUUGGCUGCGAUGAAGAGGUGGGGGCUGGAUCCGAAGGAGAAAGCGAUGUUCUUGAUGAUUGAUGUGGAGGAGAACGUCGCGAAGUCGGGAAGGAACAUCGGGACGCUGAGGAUGCUGACGCCUAGGACGUUGAAUCUGUUUGAUAUAUUGAACUCUGAUAAGCUUGUGCUGACUCCUGCGGCGGUGGAGUUUCUGAAUGCUAGGUACGGUGUUGAUUCGGAGAUUGACGAGGAAGAUGAGGAUGACGCGGAAGGGGCAGAGGAACCUGCGGAAUGAGCAAGGAGCUUAGAUCGAACUGGUGAAUGUGUAGCUUAUGAGUUUUUUCAACUUCUGUUUUUCUUUUUGUGGCGCAACAAGAGAAAAUGUUUAUUUAAAUCAGAUUCUUGUAAGAGAUCGUUCCCAUCUUCUUUCUCAUACAUGAGUUUAUGUGUUCAAGUCUCA